UGCAGCUUGAAGGAGCCAACAAUGGAUUUCAAGCGUGUGAAGGACUAUUUCUCCUGGCUCUACUAUCAAUACCAAAUCAUUAGCUGCUGUGCUGUCUUGGAGCCCUGGGAGCAAUCCAUGUUCAAUACAAUCUUACUGACCAUUUUUGCUAUGGUGGUGUAUACCGCCUAUGUUUUUAUCCCAAUCCACAUUCGUCUGGCUUGGGAAUUUUUCUCCAAAAUGUGUGGCUAUCACAGUACAAUUUCUAAUUGA